AUGCCCGCUGUCGACACAAUGACUUCCACUCCUACGACCUCCGCAAAAGAGACCAAGCAGUCGGUCGCCACCCUCGAGCAACUGCUUACAAAACUGUCGCUUUCCAAGGCUCAGGAUGAGGCCAAUGCAGCCGCGAUGAACGUUGCUACUCUUCUGAAUGGACCUAUUGAGGAGCACGAGGUGCCUCUCAAGGCCGUCGAAACAUUCAAGAAGCAGCUGGCCAACAAGAAGGAUGCUUUGGUUCGAGAGCGUGCCAUCGAUGGCAUCCGCGCCAUUGCUGAGCAUUCCAGCCUUUCCCCCGGCGUGGAGCCGUACCUGGUCAGCCUGCUUCCGCUGGCCCUGGCUGCGGUUGGCGACAAGAUGGUCUCUGUCAAGAACGCUGCGCAGGCCGCAUCUCUUGCUAUCGUCAAGGCCAUCAACCCAAAUGCCGUCAAGGCCGUUCUCCCUCACAUUCGAAACUCGAUCAUCACUGCCCAGAAAUGGCCCGAGAAGAUGACUGGUCUCGACUGCAUCGAGGCUCUCGUCGAAACCGCGCCCACCCAGCUCUCCUACCUCGUCCCUACGCUCAUCCCCAUCGUUUCCGAAUCGAUGUGGGACACGAAGCCUGAGAUCAAGAAGAAGGCAUAUGGCACCAUGGAAAAGGUCUGCAAAUUGAUCGAGAACAAGGAUAUUGAAAGAUUCAUUCCGGAACUUAUCAAAUGUAUCGCUAAGCCUGAGAACGUCCCUGAGACGAUUCACUUGCUUGGUGCUACCACAUUCGUUACCGAUGUCCACGAGCCAACUCUCGCCAUCAUGGUCCCCCUGCUUGAGCGUGGGUUGGCCGAGCGGGAGACCGCCAUCAAGCGAAAGUCUGCCGUCAUUGUUGACAACAUGUGCAAACUGGUCGAGGAUCCCCAGAUCGUCGCUGCUUUCUUGCCAAAGUUGAUGCCUGCUCUUACCAAGAACUACGAGAACAUGGCCGAUCCCGAGGCUCGUGAGAAGACCAAACAAGCUCUCGAGACCCUCAAGCGUGUCGGUGCAGUCAAGGAGGACGGCACUGCUCCCCAGGUUUCCACUGCUGGUGAAAUCUCCACCGUGUCAGCCAUCCUGAAAUCCAUUCUCGAGCAGACGCACAAGGGCGCUUCCGCGAAAUCAGAACCGGUCAUUGAAUACAUUUCUGCUAUUGCAGGUCAGUUGAUCGACGAGAAGGUCACCGACUCUGCUGACUGGGUCUCAAACACUGUCGAAUACCUCAAGACUCUUGUCGGCGAGGCUGACGCACAAUCGGUUGCUGAGCAACUUCGAAAACGCGCCUCCCCUGGCGCUGAGGAAGAGGCCGAGGAAGACCCCGAUGAUGAAGAGGGUGAGGAUCUUUGCAACUGCACCUUCAACUUGGCCUACGGUGCUAAGAUCUUGCUCAAUUCAACUCAUCUCCGCCUGAAGCGUGGCCAGCGUUACGGUCUGUUGGGCCCCAACGGUUCCGGCAAGUCCACUUUGAUGCGUGCCAUUAACAACGAGCAAGUCGAGGGCUUCCCGAAGAAGAGCGAGGUCAAGACCGUUUUCGUCGAGCACGAUCUUGACGCGGCCGACACUGAACUCUCCGUCGUCGGCUGGACCGAGAUGAAGUUGAGACAGGUCAACAUUGACACUCCCCGCUCCGAGAUUGUGGCCAAGCUCCUCGAAUUCGGCUUCCUUCCGGAACAGCUCGAUGGUCCGAUCGGCUCGCUCUCUGGUGGCUGGAAGAUGAAGCUCGCUCUCGCUCGUGCUGUUUUCGAGUCGCCUGAUAUCCUGCUGCUCGAUGAGCCCACCAACCAUUUGGAUGUCAAGAACGUUGCCUGGCUCGAAGAAUACUUGAUCAAUUCACCCUGCACCUCCAUCAUUGUCUCUCACGACUCGAAGUUCUUGAACAACGUCAUCCAGCACGUCAUCCACUACGAGCGCUUCAAGCUGCGCAGAUACCGUGGUAACCUGACCGAGUUCGCCAAGCGCGUGCCGUCUGCUCGUUCUUACUUCGAGCUCGGUGCCUCCGAGCUGGAAUUCAAGUUCCCCGAGCCAGGUUUCCUUGAGGGUGUCAAGACCAAGGCCAAGGCUAUUGUCAGAGUCAACAAGAUGUCUUUCCAGUACCCGGGAACCGACAAGCCUCAGAUCUCCGACAUCACCUUCCAGGUGUCUCUCGGUUCUCGUAUUGCUGUCAUCGGUCCCAACGGUGCUGGCAAGUCUACUCUCGUCAAUGUCCUGACUGGUGAAUUGAUCCCCACAUCUGGUGAUGUCUACCAACACGAGAACAUCCGUAUUGCCUACAUCAAGCAACACGCUUUCGCUCACAUCGAUAACCAUCUCGACAAGACCCCUUCGGAGUACAUUCAAUGGCGUUUCCAGACCGGUGAGGAUCGUGAGACCAUGGACCGCGCCAACAAGAUCGUCACUGAGGAUGACGAGAAGGCCAUGGACAAGAUCUACAAGAUUGAUGGCACCCAGCGUCGUGUCAUCGGCAUUCACGCCCGUAGAAAGUUCAAGAACUCCUACGAGUAUGAGUGUUCAUUCGCUCUCGGUGAGAACGUUGGCAUGAAGAACGAGAAGUGGACCCCUAUGAUGACUGCCGACAACGCCUGGAUUCCUCGAUCUGAGAUUCUUAAUUCCCACCAAAAGAUGGUUGCCGAGGUCGACCAGAAGGAGGCCCUGGCCAGCGGUCAGUUCCGACCUUUGAUCCGUCGUGAAAUCGAGGUGCACUGCGCCAACUUCGGUCUCGACGCCGAGCUGGUCUCUCACUCUCGCAUGCGCGGUCUCUCCGGUGGCCAGCGUGUCAAGGUUGUGCUCGCCGCCUGCACAUGGCAACGUCCUCACUUGAUCGUUCUGGACGAGCCCACCAACUAUCUCGACCGUGACUCUUUGGGCGCUCUCUCCAAAGCCCUCAAGGCUUUCGAGGGUGGUGUUGUCAUCAUCUCCCACAACGCCGAGUUCACGGAGAGCUUGACCAGUGAGGUCUGGUCCGUCGUGAACGGAAAGAUGACACCUUCAGGUCACAACUGGGUUACAGGCCAAGGUAGCGGUCCUCGUCUGACCGACAAGGACGAUGAGGAGGAGAAAUUCGACGCCAUGGGCAACAAGAUCGAAGGCAACAAGAAGGCCAAGAAGCUGACUUCUUCUGAGCUGAGGAAGAAGAAGAAGGACAGAAUGGCCCGCCGCAAGAGAGGCGAGGAGGUCUUCUCUGACGAGGAUGACUAG